AUGAAUCUAAAUAACGAUAAAUCAGUAGUAAAGAAUAAUAGUAAUAAUAAUAAUAAUGUUAUUCCAUCAUCCAAAGGUUUAACCAUUCUACAAACAUGUCUUUCUGGUAUGAUUAUGGGAUUUUUUGCUUAUAGUGGAUCAUUUUCAGUAGUACCAAUACUUUUUACAAUAACUGCUCUAAUUUUUGGUACAAAAUCAUUGAUUACAAUAAUGAUAACAGCUUUUAGUCAAUUAGUUGCUGGUUAUCUUCAUACACAUUCUUCACGAACUGGUAUGGCUAUAAGUACAGAAUUAUUUCAUGGAUUUUAUAUAUCGAAACCAGAAAAGAGAAAUAGACGACAAUAUGGUGAAACAAGAUGGAAUAGUUUAAAACGUUUUUUUAUAUUAGAUCCAAUGAAUGGCCUUGUAAUUAAUUUUAUGUGGGAAACAUUUACUUUUUUUUAUCUUAUGCAAAGUAAUUUGUUUCUUAAAUAUGUCGAAAGUUCUACAUCAAACAUAAUAGAAAAUCAAAAAAGAAAUAAAACAAUUGUUUCAUCAUCAAUCAGAGAAAUGGAUUCUCAUUUAAUAAUUGUACAUGGAAUUACACGUUAUCUAGCCGGUUGUUUAGCUGGAAUGAGUACUGGAAUGAUAAAUCAAUUAUGGCAAAGAAAUCUUGCACAAAGAGAAAUUCCACAUGCUUUAUUUAAUAAAGAUAAAAAUAAAUUAAAAUUAAAAUGGAAUGAAAGAAAAAAAUUACUUACUCCAUUCAAUAUUGAAAAUUGGAUCAAAGCUUUUACUAUGCUUUUAGGUGCAUUAUUUUUUAUUGCUAUUAAUGUACCAAAUAGAAUUCGAUUUCAUUUGUUAGAUAUACGUCGAAAGAGAAUAAUUAAUGAUCUUAUUGUUAUUCAUGGUGGAUGGUUUUUUAUUCGAGAUUGUGAAAUGCUUCUUCUGAAACAUGCUGAAAAAGGUCCUCAAAUUGCACCAAUACCUGCACAGGUUUCAGUAAUUCUUGAAGAAACCAAGAUACCAGAUGAUGAACAAUCGCAAAUGCUGCCAACUGUUAUUGAAACAUAG